AUGUCAGUCAGUCAGUAUCAGUCCGUCAACAUCAGUCAGUCAACAUCGGUGAAGCAUCUGGUCUUGUCAGUGCUGAAGCAGUUUGGCAGGAUAGACUUCCUGGUGAACAACGGAGGGGGUCAGUUCAGCAGCCCCGCAGAGAACAUCUCCUCCAAAGGCUGGAAGGCUGUGGUCGACACCAUCACACCGGAGCAGCGAGGGCAGCGGUGGAUAACCUCACCAAGAGUCUGGCCAUUGAGUGGGCGUCCUCAGGAGUCAGGAUCAACGCUGUCGCACCUGGGACAAUAUUCUCCAGAACUGCAAUGGAGAACUAUAAAGAGAUGGGACCCCAUAUUUUCAAGAUGUCCGCUCCAUUUAGUCCUGCAAAGAGACUGGGAGUACCAGAAGAGAUAUCCUCAGCCGUGUGCUUCCUGCUCUCUCCUGGUGCCUCCUACAUCUCUGGUGCAACGCUGAAGGUUGAUGCAGGACAAAGUCUGUACCACACUCCGUGGGAGAUACCUGAUCACACAGCAUGGCCUGAAGCUCCUGAGGGGGAGAACCUGGACGCUCUGAAGGAACUGUUCAACCCACAAAGCAAACUUUAGUUUACAUUUGUAAUAUGCAAAGCUCACAAAAUACUCUGAGUGACGUGGAAAUAUAGAGCUGUGUGUUCAGUGACGAGCAGCUCAGGGUUCCCUGAAUGUGUGUAAAUAUUGAUUCAUUGUGGAAAUUCUUCACAAAUUUGUAUGUAAUUAACAAAAUGAGUGUGGGCUGUGUUGGGUUAGUGAUUUGUUACAUAAACGGUUAAAACAGUUUCUAAUCAGCUUGUCUUAGCAAGUUAAUGUCCACCGUCAGGAUGCAGAGGCAGCAGAGAGGAACUCUACAACCCUCUCCCCAGUGACACUUUCUGACUUCCCAGGCCAGAGCGGAUGUGUAAUCUCUGGGUUCUGGGUCUUCCAAGGGGUUUCCAUCCUGAAUAACCUCCAGAAGGAGGUGUCCAAUCAUAUUCCUGAACCUCGGAUGACUUGACGUGGGGGAGCAGCUCAACUCCAAGCUUCCCCAGAAUGAGAAAGCUCCUAAGGUUGAGCUAAUGCUAGUAGAAGCUCAUUUCAGCCUCUAGUGUCUACAGAAGUCGAUCUUUCAGUAAUCCUCAUCUAUUGACCAUAGAUAGAUACUUUAUUAAUCCCAGGGCGGAAAUUUCAGGCACCCAAUAGCAUUUUCUAAUUAUACAGAAAAAAAAAAGAAAUAUUCAAAAAAGAAACAGAAUACACAAAUUUGGAAUAAAACAAUAUGCACAUGCACAAGGUGGUAGGGAAUACUACAUUCACGAUUAACCUAUAUAUAUGUACCAUAUACAUACAUACAUAUAUAUGUAUAUACAUAUUCAUAUAUAUACAUAUGCAUAUGUACAUAUAAAUAUACAUACAUACAAACACAUAAGUGUCCGGAGUGCUGCAGAUUUACAAGGCUCUAUUUUUACUGUACAUGGAGGAGUUGAACAGUGAUGGAC